CCGGCAGCGGCCUCGUUGCUGCCACCUCCCGGAGACAGAGGCUGGGCCGGCCCGCGCAUGCGCAGCGAGCCGCCGCAGAAGCAGCCCUGCCCGGCGCCACCCGCAGACGCCAUGGCCGUGGUCAGGCUCUCCCUGCUCAGGGUCACCCUCGAGGUCACCGUCAUACUGCUAGAGGGCCUGGCCGUGCUGUUCAUCUUCCUGUUCGGGAAGCCGUUCCGGCGCGGCUUCUUCUGCGACGACGAGUCCAUCCGGCACCCCGUCAAGGCGGACACCGUGCCCUCGCUGGCCCUCGCACUCGUCGCUCUGGGCCUGCCGCUGCUCGUGUCGCUGUGCUCGCGGCGGGCGGCGGUCCCCCGCUGGGUGUCGCGCGCCUCUGCGGCCGCGCUGGCCUUCCUGUGGGGCGCCGGCGCGCAGCAGCUGCUGGUCGACUCGGCCAAGCUGGUGGUCGGCCGCCUGCGGCCACACUUCUUCACCGCCUGCCAGCCCGACGUCAACUGCUCUGCGCUGCAGCCGCCCUACACCUACGUCACCGACUACACGUGUCUCGGGACGGACCCGGACGUCAUCGAUGAGGCCAGGCUUUCCUUCCCGUCUGGCCAUUCUUCCCUGUCGUUCUACGCCGCAGUUUUUACAAUUAUCUACAUCGGGCGCACGGGCGGCCCCUGGGCGGCGACGCUGCCGCGCCACCUGCUGCAGUUCGUGCUCUUCCUGGCGGCCUGGUGCUGCGCCCUGUCCAGGGUCUCCGACUACAUGCACCACUGGAGCGACGUCCUCGCCGGAUCCUCCAUAGGCACCGCCACCGCCAUCCUCACGAUGGUGUUCGUGCAGCCGCAGCGGCGGCGCGCUUCCGGAGGCCCGGCUGUGGGGGCAGCGGAGGCGUUGUCGGAGGGCAACGUGUACGGCAGCGUCGACGGCAGCGUGCCGCCCGCGUGACGUCAC